AAAAUCGAGAGAAAAUGGCAUUCAAGCUGCUGUCCCGUGACAUUAAAUCUCCAUAGGAGAAAUAAAAAUAAAUUUCAUUUUGCAAAGGGGAAGCGCAGCUAAGGGAUAUGUCGCCCAAGAACAACCACGAUCCCACCUCGUCCAGCGACCCGGGAAAAGCAAAUGUGCAGGAGGCAGAUCUACAAGAAAUGGAAGAUGUUAACCAGAGCCUGGAUGCCCUCAGCUGCGCCUUGGACGCAGUUGAACAGCGCACCGAUGACAUCAUGUCGCAGCUACGGGAGCUGCUAAGCUCCAAUAGGGAGAUCCGUCGCCAGCUCGCGGAGCAGAAGGACAAAUCUGGCGAUCAGGAGACUGCCGAUGAUGACAUGAAUGGACAGCCGAAUAAUGAUAAUGUAUCGAAGUAAAGCUGAUUUCCUAUGUUUUGUUUGUACCUCUCUUCAUUUGUAUUAGACUGUUCGUCUUUUUUGUUUGUUUGUAUGCAUAUAUACGUAAACGUAUAGCAAUAUUUGUUCGUAUAAUUAUUAGCACCCGUAUAUAUAAACUAGAAUGUAUGUGUAUUUAUACGAAUAAUGAUGGAAGGAUCAGGAGGAUAGGGGAUCGGGCCAAUUGUUCCGAUCCCUCGGUUCAGCGUAUGAUGACUUCUCGUCUUUUAAGAACUCAAACCUGAAAGUGAACUCGCCGUCGAGUAAGAAGCUUUUAUCCGGAAAUUUUGCGAAGUUACUUUCCACCUUAAGCAGUUCACGAAGACGAGUAAUUGGGCCACUUGAAAAUUAGUCAGAACAUUGGAAGCGACGUUUCCUAGUUUCAAAUUAUCUAAUCUUAUGAUUUAUUUAGAGUGUACGAUUAUCCCACCACCGAAGUACAAUCCGGCUGAUGCAUAUACAAGAACAUUUUCUUCAUUAGAAUCAUUCUCCAAUCUGGUAGACAUAACUAUUCCUUAUGAUAUAGCAUCUUUAGUACUCUCGUGUCUUCAAAAUUCUAGAUGGGGGCAGUUUUUCUUUAAUAAACUGUGAUAUAAGAACA